UCCGAACUCGAUGUGGUGGGUGGCGCCGGCGCCGCCCGGAGUGGCGUUUUGCUCGCGUGUUUCGGUGGUGCGGGUCGUGGAGGCGGCGCUUUGCUCUUCUUUGGCGGCAGCUCUGGUGUCGGACUCUCCGAUCUAACGGACUUGAAAACGAAUGGAAAGUCAGAAAUUCCUGCCCUUCAGUCCACUGGCAAUAAAGAAUUGGAUGAUAUGUCGGAAGAAUUAAAAGAACUCCAAAUAGAGAAAUUACGACUGGAAUCUGAGUUGCAUUCAGACGAAGCGAGUAUUAGACUGAAAGAGAGCGAAAUAAAGAGCAUUCAAAACGAAAUCGAAACUUUACACCAAAUGCUUAAACAACUCGAUUCGCAGAAGUCUGAGGCGAGAAAACGAUUGGACGAUUUGGGGGCUCAGGUUGAGAAUCUGACCCAACAAUUAAACGAUCAAAAAACAAAAGUUGAGACACAAGAGAGUGAACUCUCGACUAAACGCAAAGAACUCGAAGAAUUGAAAUCAGAGGAAACUAAACUCGAGUCCCAAUUGGACUCAAUUCGAAAGGAAUCGCAAAUGUUGUCGAAGAAUACGGGCGACACUCAACUCGAAAUCAGUCAAAUCGGGACCAAAAUUGUGGAGUUAGAAGAAUAUGAGAGGAGAGUCAACGACGCCAUCAAUGAAUACGAUUCAGCGCUUUGUGCGCAAGAUUUGGUCAAAAUAUCCAAUUUGUUGCCGAGAACUCUGACCCCUCCUCUCGUCGAACCCGAACCGCAAUCAGAGUUCACACAAAACGGUUUCAAUGCAUUCGCAAAUGAACCGGAGGUCAAGGAAACCGCUGUUGGCUUUACAAGCGAUCCAUUCGCCGGAGAGGAUCCGUUCAGAGAAGACCCGUUCAAGAGUGAGAGUAAAGGUGACGAUCCGUUCGCUUCCAACACUUUUGCGAACUUUAAUUCCCAGGAGGCGUCCAAAGGGGCCUUCGAUCCAUUCGGAACCGGAUCUUUCACUGCCUCUAAUAAACCCGAUCCCUUUGGUUCCGACCCGUUUGCUUCGCAAGCGAUUCCAUCGACCGUUAGAUCGGAGAGUCCGACACCAGAGCUGCCGCCAAAGAAGAGCAAAGCGCCGCCUCCACGACCCGCACCACCGAAACACGCGAGCAAAACGCCA